AAAUGGGAUUUAUUUCCAAGGAGAAAGGACUGGCUCUGGAGACCCAGCUCCAUCCCUUCCCACUUGGGUGACCUCAGGGUCCCUGCUCACACCUGCUGCCUCAUCAAUCCCUCAAGAGCUGUGCGCGUCUUUGUCCCCUCCAACCACGGCCUGUGGAGCCCGCGGCACCAUGAUCGCGACCAAGGAGAAGAAUAAAACCCCAAAGGACAGCAUGACGCUUCUUCCCUGCUUCUACUUCGUGGAGCUCCCCAUAGUGGCGUCCUCCGUCGUGUCCCUCUACUUCCUGGAGCUGACCGACCUCUUCAAGCCGGCCAAGGUGGGUUUCCAGUGCUAUGACCGCACGCUCUCCAUGCCCUACGUGGAGACCAACGAGGAGCUCAUCCCGCUGCUCAUGCUGCUCAGCUUGGCCUUUGCGGCCCCUGCGGCCUCGAUCAUGGUCGGCGAGGGCAUGCUGUAUUGUCUGCAGUCCCGGCUGUGGGGCCGCGGCGGGGGCCCAGGCGGGACCGAGGGCAGCAUCAACGCGGGGGGCUGCAGCUUUAACUCCUUCCUGCGGCGCACGGUGCGGUUUGUGGGCGUCCACGUGUUCGGCCUGUGCGCCACCGCCCUGGUGACCGACGUCAUCCAGCUAGCCACCGGCUACCACGCGCCCUUCUUCCUGACGGUCUGCAAGCCCAACUACACGCUGCUGGGCACGUCGUGCGAGGCCAACCCCUACAUCACGCAGGACAUCUGCUCCGGCCACGACACCCACGCCAUCCUGUCUGCACGGAAGACCUUCCCGUCACAGCACGCCACGCUGUCCGCCUUCGCUGCGGUCUACGUGUCGAUGUACUUCAACUCGGUCAUCUCGGACACCACCAAGCUGCUCAAGCCCAUCCUGGUGUUCGCCUUCGCCAUCGCGGCAGGCGUCUGCGGCCUCACCCAGAUCACGCAGUACCGCAGCCACCCGGUGGACGUCUACGCGGGCUUCCUCAUCGGGGCUGGCAUCGCAGCCUACCUGCCCUUGCCUCACCCCCAGGCCUGCCACGCUGUGGGCAACUUCCAGGCCCCAACUGCAGAGAAGCAGAUGGCGCUGGCCCCUGCCAAGGAUGCGCUUCGGGCUCUGACCCAGCGGGGCCACGACUCCGUGUACCAGCAGAACAAGUCCGUGAGCACGGACGAGCUGGGCCCGCCGGGGCGGCUGGAAGGCGUGCCCCGGCCCGUAGCCAGAGAGAAGACAUCACUGGGCAGCCUAAAGCGGGCCAGUGUGGACGUGGACUUGCUGGCCCCGCGCAGCCCCAUGGGCAAGGAGAACAUGGUCACUUUCAGCCACACGCUGCCCCGCGUCAGCACGCCCUCCCUGGAUGACCCCGCUCGCCGCCACAUGACCAUCCACGUGCCCCUUGACGCCUCCCGCUCCAAGCAGCUCAUCAGUGAGUGGAAGCAGAAGUCGCUGGAGGGCCGUGGCCUGGGGCUGCCCGACGAGGCCAGCCCCGGGCACCUGCGGGCACCUGCGGAGCCCAUGGCGGAGGAGGAGGAAGAGGAGGAGGAGGAGGAGGAGGAAGAGGAGGAAGAGGAGGAGGGCGAGGAAGGCGGUCCGGCCCCACCCUCACUCUACCCCACGGUCCAGGCCCGGCCGGGUCUGGGGCCUCGGGUCAUUCUCCCCCCGCGAGCUGGGCCCCAGCCGCUGGUGCACAUCCCCGAGGAGGGGGCGCAGGCGGCCGCGGGCCUGUCUCCCAAAAGCAGUGCGGCCGUGCGGGCCAAGUGGCUCAUGAUGGCAGAGAAGAGCGGGGCGGCGGCGGCCGCGGCCUCCGCACAACCCCGCGUGGCCAACCCCCCGCGGCUGCUGCAGGUGAUCGCCAUGUCCAAGGCGCCGGGCGGGCCUGGCCCCAAGGUGGCGGAGACCGCCUCGUCCUCCAGCGCCAGCUCCGAUUCCUCGCAGUACCGCUCGCCGUCGGACCGCGACUCGGCCAGCAUCGUCACCAUCGACGCGCAUGCGCCCCACCAUCCCGUGGUCCACCUGUCCGCGGGUAACGGGCCCUGGGAGUGGAAGACGGCCGGCGGCGCGGCCAAGGGGGUGGAGGGCGAGGGCGGCUACGAGCUGGGGGACCUGGCCCGCGGCUUCCGCGGGGGGCCCAAGCCGCCAGGUGUGUCCCCCGGCUCGUCCAUCAGCGACGUGGACCAAGAGGAGCCGCGGUUCGGGGCCGUGGCCACGGUCAACCUGGCCACCGGCGAGGGGCUGCCCCCGCUGAGCGUGGCUGACGGCGCGCUGGGGCCGGCCAGCCGCGAGUCCACGCUGAGGCGCAAAGCCAGCGGCCUGGUGCUGGGCGAGCGGGAGGCCGCGGGCGAGGCGGAGGCGGAGAGCUACUACCGCAAGAUGCAGGCGGCCCGGAGGUUCAAGGACUGAUGGGGGGCUGGGAGGCCGC